CUCCCGGCUUCGGUUACCGGGCAACACCAUGGAGACCGUGCUCGAGCAGCUCACCGGCCUCGACACCUUCGCGGCCGCCACCUACUUCGAUGAUGAAGAUUUGUUCGCGGAGCAGCCAUCCCGGGAUCACCUGGACACGGACGGGUUCCUGGAGCACGACGUGGACUUUCUCAGCAGCCAGAUUAGCGACUACUACACGGAGAGCCGGGACGCUGCUGAUCCCGAGCACUGUGACUCGGGCAUCCUCUCCUUCACGUCGUCCUCGUCACCCUUUUCCUUCCACUGCACCGACAGCACUUCCGAGGUGUCCCCCCAGCUAAAAGGGAUCGAGGGCGUUGCGAAAAGGCGCAGGAGGAUCCGCUCAGAAGUUGAAAUGCAGCACCUUCGGCAGGCUGCAAACGUCCGGGAGCGCAGACGCAUGCAAUCUAUUAACGAUGCAUUUGAAGGUCUCCGUACUCACAUACCAACGCUACCUUACGAGAAACGACUUUCAAAAGUUGAUACCCUCCGAUUGGCAAUCGGUUACAUCAACUUCUUAACAGAACUUGUUCAAUCCGAUAUGCCCUUAAGGAAUCCAAAUAGCGAUUCUGCAAUUCAACCUAAAAAAGUUAUUAUCUGUCAUAGAGGUGCAAGAUCGCCAUCUCCAAAUGAUCCAGACUAUGGCCUGCCUCCUCUAGCAGGGCACUCCUUGUCGUGGACCGAUGAGAAACAGCUUAAAGAACAAAACAUCAUCAGGACAGCAAAAGUUUGGACUCCUGAAGAUCCCAGAAAAUCUAAUAGCAAAUCAUGUGUAAAUAACAUUGAGAACGAACCACCUUUUGACUUUGUCUCAUAAAAAUUGAAAUGCUGUAGUUCGCAAUUCAGUGCAGGGAUUUAUAUAAUCAUGUUUAUUUAAUGAAAAUUAAUAUAUUAUCAAACUUAAUUGUUGAUAUCAGAUCAAGAAUGUAAUGCUGUGUAAACAGGAACAUUAAUUUAUAUAUUUAUUAUUCUAAAUAGUCAUAUGUAAAAUAUUAUGGAAUGCUUAAUUUAUCAAAACGUGCUAAUCAAUUUUCUAAUGUUAAUUUCUUCAACAAUGUUUAACCUAAUAGUACGUUGUUACCUAAGGUUUCCUAGCGAAUAUUUUUCUAUAUAUACCAAUUAAUUUAUUGUAAUAUAUAUCUUAUUCCUAAUUCGUGGAAAAUAAAUUCGUGAAUACAAUACACACUUUUUAAAAUUUGUUAUUUUGUUAUUUGAGGAAUUGUGCAAUAACAUCGAUUCGGGUCAAUAUCGUAAGGAUAAAAUAUCUUCAACUCAUGAUGUAGUUCAAUGUAUAAGCCUAUAUAGCCUGUAUUACAUUUAUCUGCAAUUAAAGUGAAAUUCAUUAAUUGA